AAAAAAUCCAAGUAGCAGAAGGAGGGGAAAAACAGAGAGGGGGAGGGAAAAGGGGGGGGUCGAGGAAGGGGGGAAAGGCGAAAACUAUAUACCUGACCGCUCCCCCCGGCCCCCCGCCUCCCCUUCUCGCUUCCCGGCCGUCCCCUCCGCCCUGCGUAGCCCGCCGUGUCCCCUUCGGCGCUGCCCAGUCCGGGCUGGGGGCCCGGGGGCGGCGGCGGCUCCCGACCGGCUCCCGGGCCGAGCCGAGUCCAGCCAAACCGCACUGGCUUCUUUGUCUGCGGGCGGCAGCCGCCCCGGCCCCGGCCCCCGGCCCCCGGCCCCUGGCCCGAGCUGUGAGGUGAAUCUCUAAGCGGCGGCCGCGGGGCACCCCGGGCGAAGGCGGCUUGGGCUCCGGCUCCGGACGCACUAGGUGUGGGUCGGCCCCCACCUACCCUGACGAGUGGCCAUGGAUCCGGGAGCUGGACCAGAUGCAUCUCUGACUGUCAAUGAGCAGGUCAUCGUGAUGUCAGGCCAUGAGACCAUCCGAGUGCUGGAAGUUGGUGUGGAUGCCCAGGUCCCUGCUGAGGAGGAGGGCAAAGGACUGGAGGGUGUGGCCCCCGAGGGCUCCCAGAGCAGAGGCCCUGCCGAAGCCAGUGGACCUACUGGUGAAGCCGGGCCAGACAACCCAGACCCCUCUGCUGAGGCAACUGGGAAGUUACUCCCGGGGAUUCCUCCAAGCCCUGUCCCUGCCGUGGCCACCUUCAGCCAAGCCCCAAGCCAGCCUCAGGCAUCACAGACCAUGACGCCACUUGCUGUACAAGCUGCCCCCCAGGUCUUGACUCAGGAAAACUUAGCCACAGUUCUGACAGGAGUUAUGGUUCCAGCAGGGGCAGUUACUCAACCUCUUCUUAUCCCCAUCAGUAUUGCAGGUCAAGUGGCUGGUCAGCAGGGGCUGGCAGUGUGGACAAUUCCUACAGCAACCGUGGCUGCCCUCCCAGGACUGACCGCUGCUUCUCCUACGGGGGGAAUUUUCAAGCCACCUUUAGCCAGUCUCCAAGCAGCUGCUGUGCUGAACACCGCUCUCCAGGCACCCGUACCAGCUGCCCCACCAGUACAGGCCUCCUCUCUGGCCCCACCCCGGCCACCAGCCCAGCCCCAGACGCUGUUCCAGACCCAACCGCUGCUGCAGACCACGCCUGCUAUUCUACCGCAGCCCACUGCUGCCACCGCCGCCGCCCCCGCCCCCGCCCCCAAGCCAGUGGACGCCCCCCCACAGAUCACCGUCCAGCCUGCAGGCUUCGCAUUUAGCCCAGGAAUCAUCAGUGCUGCCUCCCUUGGGGGACAGACCCAGAUCCUCGGCUCCCUCACUGCAACUCCAGUCAUUGCCAACGCCAUUCCCAGCAUGCCAGGGAUCAGCAGUCAGAUCCUCACCAAUGCUCAGGGACAGGUUAUUGGAACACUUCCGUGGGUAGUGAACUCGGCUAGUGUGGCAGCCCCAGCCCCAGCUCAAAGCCUGCAGGUACAGGCUGUGACCCCCCAGCUGUUGUUGAACGCCCAAGGCCAGGUGAUUGCGACCCUGGCCAGCAGCCCCCUGCCACCGCCCGCUGCAGUCCGGAAGCCAAGCACGCCUGAAUGUCCUGCCAAGAGUGAGGUGCAGCCCAUCCAGCCCACGCCAGCAGUGCCCCAGCCUGCUGUGGUCAUCGCCAGCACAGCCCCAGCGACCAAGCCAUCUGCUUCUGCUCCCAUCCCAAUCACCUGCUCAGAGACUCCUACCAUCAGCCAGCUGGUAUCCAGCUUAGAGCCGCAUACUCCAAGUCUGGAUGAGGACGGGAUCAACUUAGAAGAGAUCCGGGAGUUUGCCAAGAACUUUAAGAUCCGGCGGCUUUCCCUGGGCCUCACACAGACCCAAGUGGGUCAGGCUCUGACUGCGACAGAAGGCCCAGCCUACAGCCAGUCGGCCAUCUGCCGGUUUGAGAAGCUAGACAUCACACCCAAGAGUGCACAGAAGCUGAAGCCGGUGCUGGAGAAGUGGCUGAAUGAGGCCGAACUCCGGAACCAGGAAGGUCAGCAGAACCUGAUGGAGUUUGUGGGAGGCGAGCCGUCCAAGAAACGCAAACGCCGCACCUCCUUUACCCCCCAGGCCAUAGAGGCUCUCAAUGCCUACUUUGAGAAGAACCCGCUGCCCACAGGCCAGGAGAUCACGGAGAUUGCUAAGGAGCUCAAUUAUGACCGUGAGGUUGUGCGGGUCUGGUUCUGCAAUCGGCGCCAGACACUCAAGAACACCAGCAAGCUGAAUGUCUUUCAGAUCCCUUAGGGCUCAGUCCCCAGCCCUGUGUUCCAGCACUUUGUAAUUCUCCCUUGGGGCCCGGCUGCAGCCACUGCUGUGUUACCACCUAUCAUUUGGGCACAUGCAGCUGUGCUUGUCCCAAGUCGUGAGGCUCCACUGUGUGCAUGUGGAUCGGAUGCCUUCCUCCUCUCCCCUACAUCUCUCACACCAUGGGGGGAGCAGGAGGCCCCACUAAGAGCUCCAAGCUCCGGCCUGGUCACACCAAGGGAGGGCAUUUGUAGUGUCACUAGAGAAGCACUUUGCUAAUGUGGUUUCUGAAGGGUGAAUUCUGGUAGGGAGGCAGAAACUCCCCCUCUUUAGGGCAGGGUUAUAGCAGCUCCUAAGGACCACUGGCCAUUAGCUCUGGUUUUCAUUGACUUUCACUCUCCACCCCCUCUUUUCUCCUCUGCUCCUCUGUGUGUGUGUGUGUGUGUGUGUGUGUGUGUGUGUGUAUGUGCGCCAGGUAUGGCAGCUCAUCUGGAAGCAUCACCAUCUCCCUUGCCUAUAGGCAUAUUGCCCCCUUAAAAAGACCCAUGAGAAAAAAUUCAUAAAAGUGUAAUCUGCUGCUCAGAAGGUCAGACUCAGUGUCAGCCUUGACCCCACAGUCAGAAGGUUCUCACAGCCCUGUGACCAGAACAUAUAACCUCCUCUCCCACCUCUCUCCAGUUCCUCUGCUAGAGGAUAGAGUCGGGGGAGGGGCACUGCACUAAAGCAUAAGCUUCUCUUUUUUAAAAUCCAUGUUGGAAGGAAGCAACAAUGAACUCUGCUUGUCCUGGAGUUGAGCAGGGUCUGCUGCAGGUCAAGAACUAAGUAAAUAAGGCGAUCCUCCCAGAUUUUAAUUUAAUCCCUGUGCCUGGCCACCUUCCCCUAUAAAAACAAUGCAGGAUAGGAGAACUUGUAGCCUGGAAAAUCCCACAGCCUGAACAAGCAGGCAACUGGGGAAAAAAAGAAAAAAAAAACUGAGGAAAGGAAUGCUGACUCUUUCUCUCUUGUCCCCACACCCACCACUAACCCAAUACUGGCCUUCUCAGGAGGAGGAAAUUAAACAACAAACCAGACAGCAAGGCCCUGGGGGAAAGGACAAAAUCCAGAAAGAGCUGAUGGUAGCCCAGAAAAUUCUCUUUUGGAAGAUGUCAACUCUAAUUUUCUUUGUAACUUUAAACUUUGGAUACUGGCAAAAGAAUCUUGUUUUGUCCAGAGUCUUAGACCAUGUAUGUGUGUAAGCAAUCUCCCCAGUGCUUCUCUGAGUCAAGAAUACCCCAGUGUCAGGAUGGAUUUUGCCUCUGGGGGGUGUUGUGAAGGCCCAUUGGGGGUUGGCAUCUCAUCUACACUACUGGGUUUGGGCUGGGCAGCCCUAGGACUCAGUACGUGACUCCAGAAGGUCAGGAGGGAACCAAGAAGCUUGUUUGCCUAGAUGAGCCAGACUUGCUGUAUAGACUGUUCUUGAAGGGCCUCAAUCACAGGGGUCAGCUCUCCCCUCUUUCCACCAUUUGUCCUUACAGAGCCAGGUCUCUGGCAACUGCUGUCCACUGUACUUUAGGGGGUACAUCCUGGAGGAGAGCCCAGCAGGCCACGGGCACAACCCCACUUCCAUCAGUCACUGGUGCAGAGCCACCUCCUAGCCUGGCUUCCUCUGGCAUGUUCCACUUUCUUUCCUGCCUACCACUGGUCCCUCUUGGGCCCUGCAAUGGCCACCUUCUUGGAAGCCCAGCCAGUGAGAGAAGGACAGUUGUGUGCUGAAUUACCCUACCUUCACCCCCACCCCACCCAACCAAACCUGCCGGAGUGUGGUGGUGGGGUGGGUGGGAAUGGGAGCUGAGGUUGCAGGUGGGGGCACCUCGCCUGACCCUGCCUCCCAAGAGAGAUUAUGUCUCAUGGGGGAAGCUUCACAGCCUCUAGUUAGGGUUAUCGACCUGCCUUGAUGAGAUGAUGCUGGGAGCUCACUCGGGAGGGGUAUUAUAAACCAAGAGUUCAGUAGAAAUAGUUAAAUUCCUGAAGUUUAUAAAGGACUCAGUGACUUACACCUUAAUAAAUUGGAGAGAUUCAGAUUCUUGCCUUCAAACACUUGCAUUCAGAUAUGCUUUCUUUUUUUGGAGAGACAAGUGGGUCACAGCUGGUGCCCUGGGAGUAGCAUGUAAUCCAGGGUGUGUCCAUGGCAGUGGUCCUGCAGGAGGACACCAUCUGUCUGGUAUCAUGGCAGGAAAAAGACCAUGAACUCCUGGUCUAAAUUAGGCCUGCUCACGCUUUCUCAGCCUCUCCUGCAUCUAAAUUUGUCUUCCCAAGGCUAGGCGAGAACUAAACCAUCUUCCCCUCUGCAGGAAGGAUGGGUCAGUCUUCCGAGGAACAAUACCAGGGGCAGAAUGUUUGCAGGCCAGAUUCCUCAAGCAGGGGGCUGCAGGAGGCUGCCAGGGUGGUGUCCUUGAAGGGUACCCAAAGCCCACCUCACCAGCCUGUGAUCUCUUCCCCUGUUCCCGGACCCACUGAAGAGCUACAGGGAUGCAACUGGGGCCUGGGCUGCUUGCUUCUGUGGUUUGUUGUUUUGUUUUGUUUUUGGAGGGGGUUGGUAGUAUCAGGUUCCUGAGGGAGUUGAGAUAAACUUUGCUUUGAAAGCACCUUUAUGGACUUAAGCCAGAGCUCAGCAGUUCCUUUGCCAUGGAAAGGCAGGAGAAAGAGCAGAGAUGGUUUCACUGUUAGCAUGCGUGGUUUUGUUUGUUUCUUGUUUUAAAUGAAAGAAGGACCAAAUCUUCCUGUGGCCUAGCGAACCAGCUGGGGCCUCUGGCGCUGCAAUAACUAUGGCAUUUUAUCCUGGUGGGUCCAGGGAAAGAAUUCAGCCAAACAGACUGAGUUUGAAAUGAGAGACCCUGACAUUUGUGUUCCUGGAAAUCCAGCUACCUUUGAGGCCCAGAGUUCCUUCCCGCCUCAAAGGCCAGGCUCUGACACCGAGGUUCUGACGCUACCCCUCACCCCCAACCAAGGACAAGGGCUGAGGGCUGGAGGGAGGGGAAGGAAGGGGAGAACGGGGAAGAAGCACUGGAUGUAGUUGUGUGGAAUAAACAGUAUUUUUUCUUUUGUA